AUGACGUGUGAGAGGCCGGCGAAGGAGGAUGCCUCGAAACCCUGGCACAAGGGCGAGAAGAAGAAGAUGAAGGAGGUCGUCGGGCCGGUGUUUAAACCCAACUCUUCGAACAUUUGCGAGACGGCGAAUCCUUGUGAAAAUGGCGCAAGCUGCCAUUUCUCGCCGAGAAGAAAUGAUUAUAAAUGUCGAUGUCUGAAGGGAUGGACUGGAAAGAAUUGCACACAAUCUGCUGGCCCCUGCGAGCAGAACCCGUGCCAAAACAACGGCACUUGCCGGACGACGCGCUCCCAUCAGCUGUAUUUCUGCGAUUGCCCGAACGGGUUCGGGGGCCGCGAUUGUGAUGUUGCAAUCGGCCAGACGCCCCCGGAGAAAUUCGGGAAAAACGUGGAGCAAGUGUCUUCCGGGCGGGCCGAAUGGGUCAACGAGAUGAAGCUGCGCUUCGCCAACAAGAAAAAGAGUGACACCGACGAUCCGGAAGGGGCGGCAGCCGCCGCGAAAGAAGCCGCCGCCGCCGACGAGCCGUAUAAAGUCGAGAUCGGAUCCAGCCAG